AUGCUGCUCGCCGCGCUUUCAAUCAACAGGCGGCAGCUCGAGCCGCAGCACCAUCCGCUGCAGCCGCACUACUACUCGGCCGCCCUGCGGCCCCUGAGGCGGUACCUAGCAGACCACCCCGAUGACAUGUUGGCGCCCCUGCUGAGCCAGCUGGAGCGAUCGCCGCCGGCCAGUGUUGAGGAUGCGCGGCAGGUGUACGCGGCCGCGCUCGAGCGCCUGACGUGGCCCGGAAGCUGCGCGCCCGCGCGGCCGCCCCUCUGGCAGGCCCUGACCGGCCGCGGCUCCGCGCCCGGCAGCCUGCCCGCCUUCCUGGACGCCGCCUUCGCGCUGCUCGCCUCCGAGAGCCGCGGCCGCCUGAUCGACUGCCCCGAGGAUCCCUCGCUGCCCCACGGCGGCGCGGGCGCCGCCGCCGCCGCCGGCCGCGUCGCGAUCGUGAGCAACCUGCGGAAUGCGGAGGGCGCGGCGCCAAACAUGGUGCUGCAGACGCGACGCGCCGGUGGCUGGGCCUGCUGCAGCUGCUGCUCGCGCCGGCGGGCGUGCCCUUCAGGGUAA